AUGGAAUCAAAGCUGGAGUACAUCGACGAUAAUCUGAUGCAUGAAGAGGAGAACAUUCUUUGUGUUGCUUAUACUCUGUUAACAACACCAAUCCUUAAUGAGAAUGAUGAACUUGAAGAUGGAGAAGUUAUUGAUGAGUCCGACUCAGGGACGGCCCACCCCCAGGAGAUGGAGGUUGAGGGCACUCAGGGAGGGGAGGAGGUCUUGAGGGACCCCUCCGUCGACCUUCUUCUAGGUCAAUACGCCUUGAAGUUCCGAGACACAGUCGAGGAUCUUCCUGGCGAUCUCGAGGUAUUGACCACCUCCAUUGCGAAGGCCACAGACUGGGUUCUGCAGGCUGCGCACCACAAUCCGCUCACCAUCAAUGGGGGCGAUGCCUUCAUGGCCCAGAUGACGUCCUUCGUGAACGCCGUCAUGGCCACUGACUUUAGUCGUAUUCAUGGACCAGGUGAACUCAACAACUUCUCGCUCGCCUCUCUCCUUGAGGCCGAGACAUCUUCCAAGGACAAGCCGACCAUUCACCCAGCUCCUGUUUUCAGGCCUCCUCCUCCUGCUGCCUGUGGGCCGCUCAACGAGGGUGUCGCUGGUGUAGGGGCCCCGCCCGACGUCCUCAUGCAGGCACUGGACGACCUUGGUCACCUGGCCUCCCCUUCUCGCAUCCCUGCUUCCAAGAAGCAUAAGGGUGUCAAUCGUCCGGUUCCACCUCCUCCGCAGAAGAAGAGCAAGGUGGCCUACUCACGCCCUGGUCUGCCUCUGCUGAUCAACCGCGCUACCAAACCCAAGCCCCGUCCAACGAUGUGGGCAGGGAUCGCACGACAGGCCGCUCCGAUGCUUCCCCCGCCUCCUGGCUUGGGACCGCAGCGUCAUGGGCCUUCUCCUCCCCCUCCCGCAUUCCCGAUGGGCCCAAUGAAGACUUCGCCUCAUCGGUCCGUUCCUUCUUUCACUUCCAAGGGCCCCACCCGGAAGCAAGUUCUCGUGUCGUUCGGGGGUACCCCUCCCGACCUCACGAAAUUCUUCACCAAGUCAGCUGUUUGCACAGCCAACGGAUAUCUCAGGGAUGGGCGAUCUAUGUUAAAGGUCACCUCCAUCGUCUGCGCCUACGACGGCUUGUUGUUGGUCACCCCUGCUGUUGCCAGCCCGUCCAACCUGGACAUACUGCGCAACUUCAUCCGUGAAAGCCUCCUGAUGGGUACCCCGUUUGAGGUCGCACUUCCAUCGUCGACAUCUUUUAUAAAGAUACUCGAUGUUCCUUACUUCGAUCUGAAAGGGUUGAAGAUCACCCAGGAGGCACUUGAAAAGGCCCUCCGUACCUCGGUUCAUGCUGAGGUCUUCGCUUAUCUGAGCACCAAGCCUCGGAUCGACCGCAACUCAGCACACUCCACAUCGUGCACCGUCUACUGCAACAUUUGGGACUCCCAGCAGGGAACCCACGCCAAGAAGGCCUUAGGCCAACCAAUCUUCCUCGCUGGGUGGUCCUGCGCAAUCAGGCCUGCCGCACGACACACCGGGGUUCCGCUAUGCCAGCGCUGCUGGAAGUGGGGCCACCCCACCAUCGCCUGCAAGGCGAAACAACUCUCUUGCCCUAUCUGUUCGGGCCCACACGAGCAGAAGGAGCACCAGCCCUGCCCCCAUAAGGGCCACUGCAUCAAUUGCCAUAAGGACCAUGCUGCCAAUUCGGCCUUGUGCAAGUUCUGGGCCCAUUGCUACGACCGCUCUCCUGCUAUCGUCCUGCUAUGCGUUGCGACAUUGUCAACCAUCACGACAUCGUUGUCCUCUCCCUCUUUAGCGGGGGCGAGGUUCUUAAAUGUCUAUUCUGACGAUCACACAGCCAUUGAGCACCUCGCUGCUCGUGUGCAUUCUCUACCACCUUUCAUCUAUAUGGCUGGUGACUUCAACUGCGUGUCGACGACUUGGGAUGACUAUGAGCAUGGCGAGUCGUCGACGGCAAUAUCCCUGCGGGACUCUGCAUCUCAGAUCGGCCUCGAGUGGGCACGACCUUCCAACCAUGGACCGACGAGGAUCAGUCCUAAUCCAAACCAGAGAUCCAAUGUCUUGGAUCUUGGUCCGUCAGAUCAUGUGCCAAUCUGUGCAGAUCUUGAUAUCGGUCCCGAACUGCCCGGAUCUGGGCGAAGGACAAUUAAACCUGGAAGCGAGGCUGAAAAGUCUUUCAUUUCAGAUAUUCUGCGGGAUCUUGCGGCUAUUCCUGUCGCAGCCCCGGCAACCAAGGAAGGCGUUGAAGCUUUAGAUGAUGCUAUCGCAACAGCGGAACGCCUCUUUCUCUCGAACGCCCACUUGUAA